AGCUCAACUGCUGCUUCCUGUAGUCUUUGCAACUCCUAUUCCUCAUGGCUGACGAUCUUGAAACCAUUACCGUUAAAUUGGGCGACCUCACAGCUGCCUCGAAGCCCGACGAUGGAAUCACUCCUCCUGUGAAAGACGACUCUUCUCCCGAAGAAUCCAAUUUGAUUGCCAGCACUCAUGUCGUGCAAGUGAAAUUGGCUGAUCAGCAAGCUGACCCCAAUUCUCCCUUAUACUCGGCAAAGACGUUUGAAGAACUUGGCUUGAGCGACGAACUGCUCAAGGGUCUUUAUGCGAUGAAGUUCAACAAACCAUCCAAGAUCCAGGAGCGUGCUUUACCUUUAUUGCUCGCUAACCCCCCAAGAAAUAUGAUUGGUCAAUCCCAGAGCGGUACAGGCAAAACCGCCGCUUUUGUUCUCACUAUGUUGAGCCGAUUGGAUUUGAAUAUGAAACUGCCUCAGGCGAUUUGCUUGGCCCCUUCCCGUGAACUUGCGCGCCAGAUCAUGGAAGUCGUGGAACAAAUGUCUAAAUUCACCAGCAUCACCUCUCAGCUUGUCGUCAAAGAUUCCGUCAUCAAAAACCAGGCUGUGCAGGCUCAAGUUAUUAUCGGUACACCAGGUUCAGUGAACGACGCGAUUCGUCGAAGACUCUUGCCUACAAACCAAGUCAAGAUCUUUGUAUUGGAUGAAGCCGAUAACAUGUUGGAUCAAGCCGGUUUGGGUGAUCAGAGUAUCCGUAUCAAGAGCAUGAUUCAAUCCAAGCCUCAAAUUGUUUUGUUCUCGGCCACUUUCCCGGAUAACGUGCGUAGAUUUGCUGCUCGUUUUGCUCCCGAAGCCAAUGAGAUUUCCUUGAAGCGCGAAGAACUUAGUGUCGAAGGUAUCAAGCAGUUUUACAUGGAUUGCGACAGCGAACAGCACAAGUACGAAGUAUUAUGUAAUCUGUACGACUUGUUGACUGUGAGUCAGAGUAUCAUUUUCUGCAAGCGCCGUGAUACCGCCGAUGAGAUUUCUCGACGUAUGACCGACCAAGGCCACGCCGUGGUGUCUUUGCACGGAAAAAUGUUGCCUGAAGAGCGUGAUCGAAUUAUGGAUGACUUUAGACGCGGUGAAUUCAAGGUUCUCAUUACAACCAACGUGCUUGCUCGCGGCAUUGACAUUUCCCAAGUGACUUUGGUGAUCAACUACGAUAUGCCUUUGGAUCAGAACAAUAACCCCGAUUUCGAAGCCUAUUUGCAUCGUAUUGGACGAACGGGUCGUUUUGGACGUACCGGUGUCAGCAUAAACUUUGUUCACGAUAAGCGAAGCUGGGAACAAAUGAGAGCCAUCGAAGAACAUUUCCAACGCACCAUCCAACGAGUACCCACCGAUGAUUGGGAAGAAGUCGAAAAGCAGUUGAAGUCCGUUCUCUAAACACAAGUUUUAUAAAGUUGUCCUAUUUUCUUUUUUCUUAUGAUAUUAAUGUAUGAAUUUUUUGGCGAGGUUGCAUCUUUUUCUAUUCAACUUGUACUUUCAAAGUGUGAUGUACAAAAAGGGAUCCAGCAUGGCAGAAG